AUGGGAUGUACCUGUGAACAAUUAAAACUCAAGACGAAUUAUAAAGUUUGUAAUAAACGGAAUAAAACGAGCCCUCCGCCCCCCACAGAUGAUCAGGUAGCUGAAAUCAAACACACAUGGCAAAUGUUAAAAGUACACAUAGACAAUGUGGGAGUUAUAACAUCUGUGAGCAUGUUUGAGAACCGCCCGGUGCUUAUAGAGAUAUUUGCAAACUUCCGGGGCAGGGAUGUUGGGGAUCUACAAAGGAGUGGCCUUAUUCGCCAACACGCCCUAAAGGUGAUGGGAACUAUCGACAAGUGCAUUUCCAGAAUAAAUGAACCGGAGAACCUAGCCAAACUGCUCAUCGAAACUGGAGCCUUGCAUAAGAAAUAUAAUGUCACUCCAGAUGUCAUACAAGCAAUAUUCCCUCACUUCAUCAAUGCAGUAAAGCCACACAUAGAGGAUUACUGGACAGAAGACGUCGCUACUGCUUGGGAAACUUUAUUCCAUAUUAUUACGCAUUACAUGAAAAUUGAACUGACAAGAGAUUCCAAUGACGUCAACUCUAUAAAUAGCCAUUUCAGUGUAACUUGA